UGGCGGAUUCCAACACCAACGCAUGGCCUUGUCAGCAGCCGGAUACCCAGUCCCAACUGCCAACCACCCUUCGAUUGAUCCUUUAGUUUUUGGUGAAGGACGCCCGGGAAUGCCAUUGAUGGUCCCUAUACCAUUUAAUGCUGGUGCUGGCCAAUCUUCUGCUCGCCAGGCCCCUCCACCUCCACCUCCCCCUCCACAACCACCAAUGGAGCCAUUUAUGCCCCACAUGAUGCAUCUUCCCAUUCCUGGUCCACACCACCUCCAUCAUCAUCCUCUGCCUCCUCAUCUUCAAUCUCAGGUCCCCCAUCGCUACCCUCUUCAACGCGAUAUGCUUCCUCCAGGAAAUGAUCCUUUCCGCAUCAAUCUCCCCAACGGAAUGCACGGAAUGACUAAUGCAGGUCUUCCUCCCAUGUAUGCCAAGAAUCAAGGCUGGGAACGCCAGUAAAAAAAAAACCAAGACCUAUUUGUUCCAAUUUUUUUUUAAAUUUUUUUUUCCCAAACAAAAAGGAAAAAUUGAAAAAAAAAAUAAUACAAGGAAAUUAAAGUGUUAAAGUGUGGACACAUUUUUCUUCUUC